AUGAAAAACUCGCUCUACGAUCGCCUUUGGCGCCGUGAAUGCGGGGAGCAAGUGCGGCGUGCUGGGCUUCGGGGAAUUUACGGCUCCAAGGAGUGGGUCAAUGAACUCGACAUUGUGAAUGAACUAGGUGGGCAUACUGGAUGUGUCAAUGCCCUCAGUUGGUCGAGGUCGGGUCGUCUUCUGGCGUCAGGCUCUGAUGACAGGCACCUCAAUAUCUACUCCUACCAACCCGACUCUUCCAAUGCUCCAUUCGCGCUCAACACCACCGUCUUCACCGGCCACAAAGCCAACAUCUUCUCCGUCAAGUUCAUGCCACACUCGAAUGAUGGGACUCUGGUUACGUGUGCCGGCGACUCACAGGUUCGUGUCUUCGACAUCGAAUACUCAACCGGAAGCAGAAAUGAGGCUGCAACCUCUGAAUUUGCGGCCUCCACUCGGAGCCGACGCUUCAAUGAGUUCUUCAGUAGUACACGGCAUCUGAGUGACGGCAAUACCAACGCUAGAUUGUAUCGAAGCCACACUGAUAGCGUAAAGCGCAUCGUCACCGAAUCUUCCCCGUUCCUUUUUCUCACUUGCUCUGAGGAUGGUGACGUCCGCCAGUGGGAUCUGCGUCUACCAUCUAGUGCAUACCCUCCGUCACGGGGUGGCCAGGGCUUGAUGGCAUACCGACAAGGGUUAGAAAGUGAUGACUCCAAUGUUCCACCUCCCCUUAUAUCCUACAAGCCAUACCGCCUGGACCUGAACACCAUUUCCUGCUCAUCAAGUCAGCCGCAUUACAUUGCCUUGGGUGGUGCGCACCUAUACUGCUUUUUGCAUGACAGACGGAUGCUUGGGCAGGACACCUCUGUUGCAAGACGUAGGGCUACAUCAAGCGCUACCAGUCGCAAUGAUGAUGAGGAGAUGAGUAAGGCGACGCGAUGCGUGCGAAGAUUCGCACCGGGUGGCAAGCACCAUGCGAGACAUGUUGAUGAUGAUGAUGGACACAUCACUGCUUGCAAAAUCAGUGACGCUAACCCCAAUGAAAUGGUUGUUAGCUGGUCUGGAGAUCAUAUCUACAGUUUUGAUUUAGUUCGCAGUCCAGAUGCCCGGGAGACACAGACGGGGAAUUCGUCGACUUUCAAGGGCAAGAAUAGACAGGCUCGGCGCAGUUCACGGAGCCGGAAGCGCAAGAAGCCCGCCACGCCUUCGUCGCAGGAAAGCGGUGGGCGACAUCAGUCCCAUCGUCGUCCAGCAGACCCAGAUUCUUACAGGAUCCAGUAUGAGAAUGGCGAAGCAGAAAAUGUUACAUUCCCCCCAUUCUCAGAUAGUGUCCUAGAUACCAACCCCGAAAAUUUGCUCGAACAGGCUCGGUAUUCUGUGCUGAAUGAUGCCCAGCGAUUGAGUAUGCAGAUCGCGAAAGGGUUAGUAAAACUCCGAAAGACCUUGUUUUCAGAAACAACAGUCCGGGAGGCCGCAGGGUCUGAAGAUGUGGGACCCGAAUCGUACUCAAGGUCUUUUUCAUCCACGUUGGAAAUUGCGUCUACGUUUCUCCCACAGAUGGGCGAGGUCAUGCGCGAAUGGAGCUAUCCUAUGAAUCCAUCACAGCAGACUGUUAAUUUCCAGCAAACACUUCGCCGUAAUCGCCAAUCGGCGUGGAGAUUUGUCCAAGCUGCCGGCACACUUGCUCAUGCGUUGGCAGAUCAAACACAAGUUCCAGAAGAGUCAAGCUUCCAGAUGAUCAUGCCUGCGCCGGGCGAAGAUAACCCCAUCGACCCAGUAGCUCGUUUUGGCUAUGACUUCCUCCGAGCAAUUCUUCUCUGGCUACAGGGAGGCAGGCAGCGUCUUCUAGAGGGGUUCCAACGCUGCAAUGCUCCUCGAAGACUACAGGGCCGAUUCCCAAUCCCAGAUGAAUCCGCAGAGGAUGCUAUUGAAACCAUUUUGAUACCCUAUAUUAUGGAACUGGCGCGUGACACUCCGAUCGUGAAUGUGGAUGCUUCCAGAUUCGAGCAUGAUAGUACGCGCAUACUAUUCCCAACCCAGCGGGCUGCUGUGACUGCUUUUGGGAAUGCUGUUAGACUGCCCUUGGAGGACCUCGGGGACUCAGCCACUCGGUUCGACGAGCGCCGUGUUUCUAAUUCUGCUUCGCAAAUCCGCUCUCUCAACCGCGCCUCUGCAAAGAGGUUCUGGAUUUUGCGCGUAGGUAGAGGAAUUUUGAUGGAGGCAGGUAAUGAAGUAAACUACAGAUUUGUCAACAGUGCCUUCGGUGGACUUCACACCACAUUGGACGAUUCUGAGGGGGCUUCGAAUGAAGAGAGAAUCCAGGAUGAUAUCGAUUCCAACAUGGACGGAGAACGAACUCAACACAAUGAGCUCACCAGGGCCGGUGGUUCUGUUUCCAGGCAGAAUGAUCCUCGACCUGAAAGCCCCCAAGGCGAUGCAAACUAUUCAGCAAACACGGACGUAAAUACAAGCGAUGACGAUAGCGAUGGCAGCCGAGCAGAAGAGUCAAGCGACGAUGAAGAUCUUGAUGGCUGGCCUACGGUUCAAUCUUCGGAUGAAGACGGAGAGGGUUUUGAUUCUGACAGCAACAUGCCUCAGAGAUAUGCCAUCCGAAAGGCGCGACGUGAUGUCGAGCGACACGCUCCAUGUGUACCUCAUAUGCGAAGCUAUCGCGGUCAUUGCAACGUCAAGACCGUCAAGGAUGUCAACUAUUUCGGACUGGAUGAUGAGUACGUGGUCAGCGGUUGUGAUUCUGGUCAUAUAUUCAUCUGGAACCGCAAGACGGCAAAUCUGGUCAAUAUCCUAGAAGGUGACAGUGAAGUUGUCAACGUUGUUCAAGGCCACCCCCAUGAACCCAUGAUCGCCGCUUCGGGAAUCGAUAACACCAUCAAAAUCUUUUCGCCAGACCAGAACGCUCAAGAUGAUGCCCGCAAUGGUGUAAACAUUCUCGACCCUGAUAAUCCAUCCAACAAGCUUGGACAAAGCAUCUCCAACAUCGGCGGUCUCGAGAGCCGGAAGCGAGUUCAUGAAAGCUAUCGCAUCAUGAGCCAAAACGAUGUUGACCGUCGUGGUGGCGUGAGUGAGGCACACAUCACUCGGAGUAUGCUCGAGCGUCUUGCUGCUAACUUGAGGGGCCAACAUGGCGGCCUCGGGGUCGGAAUUGAAAAUAUUGCUGGGGAUGGUGAACAUCGGACUGUAGUGAUCGACGAUAAUUGCUCGGUUAUGUAA